GGCUGAGGAAAGCCUGAGUUAAGGGGCGCCUGGUGAUGCCUGGAGGGGUGUCAAGUGGUCAGAGUCAAGAGGACUGUUGAACUGUAUCCCUCCCGAGGUAUUGUGUGCUCACCGUCACGAAGACUGGUGGACUGAGACCCCAAUGGGUUGGAUUGGUCAGAGCUAAGAAGUUGUCUGACAGCAUGGCUGAGUGAAGCCGAAUACGCAACAUGAACACUGACCUAGAGAUUAAAAAUGGCAGAGAAAUUCAAGAUUGAGAGCCCUAACGUGCGAUACUUGAAGGAUCGUAUAGAGGCAGAUUACAACUAUGAUACUACCCAAGUUUAUGAAGAAAAUGGUGUUACUAAGGUCAAGCCAUGUUCCACCAAGUUCACUUUCAGGACAGAAAGAAAGGUACCCAAACUUGGAGUCAUGCUAGUUGGCUGGGGUGGAAACAAUGGAACCACAGUUACCGCAGCAGUGUUGGCCAACAGAAUGGGACUAUCAUGGAUGACCAAGACAGGAAAGAAGGUGGCCAAUUAUUAUGGUUCCUUGUUCCAGUCUUCAACAGUCUGUCUGGGUUGUGGACCUGAGGGAGAUGUAUAUAUUCCUUUUCGGGACCUUCUUCCCACGGUACAUCCUAAUGAUAUUAUCUUUGAUGGUUGGGAUAUUUCAUCUUUAAAUCUGGCCGAUGCUAUGAGGAGAGCAGAGGUUCUAGACUGGCAACUCCAGGAGCAACUGAGACCUUACAUGGAAAAGAUGCAGCCAAGGCCUUCAAUUUACUUACCUGACUUUAUAGCAGCCAAUCAAAGAGAAAGGGCUGACCAUGUUAUCCAUGGCACCAAAGCUGAACAGGUCCAGAAAAUUCGGGAAGAUAUCCAACAUUUCAAGAGAACCAGUGGAGUGGACAAAGUGAUUGUAUUGUGGACUGCAAAUACAGAAAGGUUUUGUGAUGUGAUCCCCGGGGUUAAUGAUACUGCUGAUAACUUGCUGAAAGCCAUUGAGCUUGGACUUGAAGUUUCUCCUUCCACAAUGUUUGCAGUGGCCAGCAUCUUAGAAGGCUGUGCCUAUAUCAAUGGCUCUCCUCAAAACACAUUUGUUCCUGGAGCAAUUGAAUUGGCUGUGAGGCGCUCUGUAUUUAUUGGUGGAGAUGACUUUAAAUCUGGGCAAACCAAGAUUAAGUCCGUUCUUGUGGAUUUUCUUGUCAGUGCUGGAUUGAAGACGGUGUCCAUAGUGAGCUAUAACCACCUGGGUAACAACGAUGGCAGGAACCUUUCUGCGCCUCAGCAAUUCCGCUCAAAGGAGAUCUCCAAAAGCAAUGUGGUGGAUGACAUGGUUCAGUCAAACCCUAUUUUAUAUGGACCAAAUGAGAAGCCUGAUCACUGUGUGGUUAUUAAAUAUGUCCCAUAUGUGGGAGACAGUAAAAGAGCAAUGGAUGAGUAUACAUCUGAAAUCAUGAUGGGGGGAACCAGCACCAUUGUUAUUCACAACACUUGUGAGGACUCACUUCUUGCUAGUCCAAUUAUCCUAGACCUUGUGAUGCUCACUGACCUCUGUCAAAGGAUAACAUUUUGCACUGAAAAAGACCAAGACUUCCAAACAUUUCACAGUAUCCUGUCCAUUCUCAGCUUCCUCUGUAAAGCCCCACUGGUGCCAGAGGGAACACCAGUAAUUAAUGCGCUCUUCAGGCAGAGAAACUGCAUCGAGAACAUCCUCAGGGCAUGUUUAGGUCUACCACCACAGAAUCAUAUGAUGUUGGAGUACAAGAUGCAGAGAAGUUUCAUGAGUCUCAAGAGAUCCAGCACAGUCUUAACACCUUGCCCUAUUGCCAGUAAGAAAGGGACUGGCCAAGUUAACUGCUUAAAUCACCAAUACAUAACAAAUGGCCACUCCAAUGAACUGGAACAAACUGUGAACACAAGUGACACAGAGAUAGAGAAUUAGUUCAGUUCUACAACUUUUCUAUUAGAAUCUACCAAUAUGGACCCUUUAUAAUGGGAAAUUACCAUAGAAUUUUGGGGGAUCACCCUACAACGGUUGCACAGAUCUCUUCCUGCAUCAGAUCUUGUUAGCUGUGUGAGAAGUGAAGUGAUCUAGUUACUAAAACAUUGCACUGCUUUCUGGUUAACAUUCAUAUGUUAUUUUAAUGUUAAUGUUUUGAGGUUAAUAAAUCUAACUUCAGGUGA